ACAUUCUGCAAAAACCUGCAGAGAUGAAUAACAUGGAUAAUUUGAAGUUAUUUAGCUCAAUGGGGUCGGAGGAAAACUGGAGAACGCCAAACUUUAGACAAAGCGUUGUUUCGAAGAUUGAAGAAGUAAUCCAGCGCUCCGGUAUGCAGGUGGCUAGAAACAGCAGCGAGAUGGAGAACCAUGUGUUCAAUAAGGCCAAGACGCGAGAGGAAUACAUGAACAUGGUGGCCAAACUCAUACUGCAUGUUCGUGAGAUGUCUGCUCAACCAAAACAGAACCAAGGCCAAGCCAUGCAAGGACCCAACCAAGGCCAGGCCGGCCCCAACCCGCAGCAGAACCAACAGCCCAACCAACAAGGGCCGAGCCAGCCUGGCCUGGCUCCGGACCCUAUCAAUGCUCUGCAGAACCUCGCCUCGCAGGGGACUAGGAAUCAGAUGAUGAAUAUUGGACCUCAAGGCCAAAUGCAGCAGCAAGGCGUUAUGGGCCCCAACCCAGGCAUGAUGCAAGGACAGAUGGGUCAGCAGACCAUAGUGUCCCAGGGACAACCGCAGACGGCCACCAAUCUGCUGCAGACGCUCAACCAGCGGCCGCAGAUGAACAUGCUGCAAGGGAAACUGCAGGGCACUAUGGGCAUGGUUUCAAACCAGCCACCGAUGGGCGGUAUGGGCAUGUCGGGGAUGAACCCCAUGGGCAACCAGCUGCAGGGGCAGCUUGGGCCGGGCAUGCAGGGGCAGAUGAUGUCCAACAUGCCCAUGGGAGCCAGCAUGCCCAUGGGCGGCAACAUGCAGUGCCAGCCAGGCAUGCAGGGGCAAAUGCAAGGGCAGAUGCAGGGGCAAAUGGUAGGUGGCAUGGGCAACAACCCAAUGGUGAACACCCACAUGCUACACAUGAGACCUAAGCAAGAUGUGGGAAUGGUGGGCUACAGGCAGCCCCCGGGGCAGUUCCUCCGGCAGAGCCCCAGCCCGUCUGCCCCCAGCCCCAAUAUGCCCCAACCCAGCCCCGUAUCCAUGCAAGGCGUGAUGGGCGGCGCGCUGCCGUCGCCGCUGGGGCUGAGCGGGCUGGGCGGGCCGGGCGCGCCCUCGCCCUCCGCGCACCUGCAGCACCACGCUCCGCAGCAGAGGUAACUAUUCAUGGGCAUGGUGGCGUCCCCAUCCUCAUCUCUAAAUACGCCCGUGGGAGCGUCCGUGGCGUCGCCCAGCAAUGAAGAUGCCGCGUACAGGGAUAAAGUGCGCCAGCUCAGCAAGUACAUCGAGCCUUUACGAAGAAUGGUGCACCGCAUGGUCAGCGAGGGAGAAAAUGUGGAGAAGCUGACGAAAAUGAAGAAUCUCCUAGACAUUCUCUCAAACCCGAAUAAGCGGAUGCCUCUGGAGACCCUCAUCAAAUGCGAGGUGGUAUUGGAGAAGUUGGACUUUAAACGUGGGGACGGACUAGGCGUACCCGCCUCGGGGAAGGAGCAAAUCUUCAACCCCUUACUAGAGGUAGUAAACAACUGCCUAUCCUCCCCGCUCGCUAAUCACACGCUCAAACGGACCUUCGGGUCCACAUUAGACGCUCUCAAUGGACCUGAGAUCAAAAACCUGCCACCUCCGUUGAAAGUGCCAAAAAUGGAAGAGCCAACAAUGGAAAUACCAGAUGUAUUGCAAGGAGAAAUCGCCAGACUAGACUCUAGGUUUAAAGUAUCCCUCGAGACGAUGCAGCUGGCGGGCGGCGUGGGCGCCAUCUCGCUCGUCGCCAUGCUCGACGACGCGCGCCUGCCCUGCGUGCCGUCCGUGCUGCUCGCCGUGCCGCGGGGGUACCCCGCCAGGCCGCCCGCCCGCCUCAGGCCCAGACACGGGAAACACGACAAACACGAGUUCCUGGCCAGGGUGGAGCAGGCCAUGGACGCCAGGGUUGCUAGAUUACCAAAAAGCUGCUCCGUAGGGCAACUGCUGGACGCCUGGGAGAUGUCGGUCCGCCAGGCGUGCGCGCCCAACCCCGUCUCCUACACCCCCGUGCCCGCGCUGGGCCUGUAAACUAGUAAGGCCCACCA